AUGGAAAGAAUGGAUUCCUCUUUCGAAGAACUCGGCCGGCUGCGAUUCAAAGUAGUAGGAAAUCCAGAGUUGGACUUCUUCGCGGGUUGUGAACUUUCUCUCGGCCAGGGAGUGCUGCAUCGAUCGGAACAGAUGGUAAUCGGAUGGUGCCAGGUCUGGGCUGUAUGGCGGAUGAGGCAGGACUUCCCAGCCCAAUUCCUCAAUUUUUUCCAAAGUGAUUUUCGCGACAUGCGGACGAGCGUUGUCGUGGAGGAAUUUUGUCGACGUCGUUUCGACACCUUGACGACGCAGUGCUUGAUCCACGCGGUUCAAGUGAUCUUCGUACAUGUCCGCCGUAACUGUUUGACCCGAAUCCAGAACUUCAAAGUACACCAAACCUUUGCUGUUCCACCAAACACAGAGCAUCACCUUUUUGCCGUGUAUAUCGGAGUCGGUUUUGGAGUGCCACCGGCGUCUAACCACUGUCUUCGCGUUGCGUUGUCGAAGGAGAUUCAUUUAUCAUCUGAUGUAACAACAGAGUCGAAGAAACCGCUGUUCUUGGAGCGACGAAGAAGAGUUCCGGCCAUUGCCACUCGUGCUGCCUUGUUUGCGUCGCUCAGCUGGUGCGGCACCCAUUUUCCGCACCUGUUCGUCUUGCCAAUUGCCAGCAAAUGUUCAUGGAUGGUAGAGUUUGAGCAGCCAAAAUGUGUUGCCAGUUCUCGAGUGGUUUGGCGUGGAUCCAAUUCAACGACGGACUUCAACACUUGGUCAUCGAAGACUUGA